AUGCGCGAAUGUAUCAAUAUUCAUGUUGGUCAAGCCGGAGUGCAAAUCGGUAAUGCGUGUUGGGAACUCUACUGUCUUGAGCACGGUAUCGCGCCAGACGGGAAGUCGGUGGAUGAUUCGCUGAAGGAUGACUCGUUUACAGCGUUUUUCAGUUCUACGGGAGCUGGUCAGUACGUCCCACGUGCAGUGUUCGUGGAUUUGGAGCCAUCGGUAGUAGACGAGAUCCGAACUGGACAAUAUCGACAACUGUUUCACCCUGAGCAGAUGAUCACAGGCAAAGAAGACGCAGCCAACAAUUACGCACGUGGUCACUACACUGUUGGGAAGGAGCUAAUCGAUCAAGUGAUUGAUCGCAUUCGUAAACUGGCGGAUCGUUGUACCGGACUGCAAGGUUUCUUGCUGUUCCAUUCGUUCGGAGGUGGCACAGGAUCCGGGUUUAGCUCAUUGCUGAUGGAGCGCUUGACGGUGGAGUAUGGGAAGAAGGUGAAGCUGGAAUUCGCCAUCUAUCCGGCUCCCAACAUUUCGACCGCGGUGGUCGAACCAUACAACUCCAUCUUGACGACGCACACCACGUUAGAGCACACGGAUUGCACAUUCAUGGUGGAUAACGAGGCAAUUUACGAGAUCUGCCGUCGCAGUCUGUCCGUCGAUCGUCCGUCAUACGCCUCGUUGAAUAGGCUGAUCAGUCAGGUGGUUAGCUCAGUGACAGCUUCACUUCGAUUUGACGGUGCGCUGAAUGUGGAUCUGAACGAGUUCCAAACCAAUCUGGUCCCGUACCCACGAAUUCACUUCCCUCUGUCCACUUACGCACCAAUAAUCUCCGCCGAUCGAGCGUUCCACGAACAAUUUAGUGUGAACGAAAUCACCUUUGCUUGUUUCGACCCGGCCAACCAGAUGGUGAAAUGCGAUCCGCGCAACGGGAAGUAUAUGGCUUGUUGUUUGCUUUACCGAGGCGAUGUCAUACCGAAAGAUGUGAACGCAGCGAUCUCGCAAAUCAAAACACGCAAGUCGGUUCAAUUUGUUGACUGGUGUCCAACUGGUUUCAAGGUUGGUCUGAACUCACAGGCCCCGGCUGUGGUGCCUGGUGGUGAUCUUGCGAAAGUGCAACGAGCUGUGUGUAUGCUGAGCAACACGACAGCAAUCGCGGAAGCCUGGGCGCGUUUGGAUCGAAAAUUCGAUCUGAUGUAUGCGAAGCGGGCGUUUGUGCACUGGUAUGUGGGUGAAGGAAUGGAAGAGGGUGAGUUUUCCGAAGCACGUGAAGACCUGGCUUCAUUAGAGAAAGAUUAUGAAGAAGUUGGAUUGGAUAGUGCACAGGAUGAUGAUUUUUAA